CAGGCUACUGAAUGUGUCAUUAACAUGUAUUGCAGACUGUGUACUUGUGGUUGUCCGAAUAGAUAACAUGCGAAGUUGCAAUGGUGGAUAACAUUGGUCACCGACGUAUCCAAAACCUUGAUGCUUGCUUCAUGGAAUGGCAAUACUAGAGCCUUUCUUGCAGUCUGAUCCACUGGUGUUGCUUACACCAUCACAAUAACCUUUGACUGUGUGAGCACCGGAUAUCAUGGAGGACCUGGCUUCUCCCUCUGUCCUACCAGGACCAUCCCACGUCCCGUGCUGGCAGCCCACGGAGCGUCAGAUCCGCAAAACUGGCACCCACGACAUCUUCCAAGGAGUGAACCUGCGGCAGCUGCGUCGCCUGUUCCAGGCUGCAGGGGAGCAGGACGCCGAGCAGCGGGCCAGGAUGGUGUGGAGAGGAGGCCGCAGGACCCACACAGGAGAUCCGGAAGAGGACGACGUGCGGGCGGAGGUGGAAAUCGGCUUAGCCCAGGCCCUGGUGGGCCUCCGUGUCCGUGCACGCACCAAAAGUGGCAUAAGAGCGGAGGGUCACCGGGAUGGACACAGAAGGCCUAGACCUUCAACACAACACCGGAGCGGCGAUGUCUCAGCCAGACAGCCUGUCGACGUUCUAGACGCCGACACUGAGGCAGGACUCGGUGGAGAACUGGAGCCGGCGAGCAGCGCGGAGGGGCCGGCCAUCGCACUGAGGGACACGGAGAUGGACGAGAUCUCCAACCGGACCGGCGCCAGAGAGAAGGAUCCCCAGCGCCACCUUCACAGGAUCCGCCACUGAGACGGGAUUACACUGGAAACUGGGACAGUGGCACUGGAGCCCAUUCUCCAUCAGCUUCAACCCACACUACUGCGUCUGUUACCAAAGCCAUGCUGAUAGAGACUGAUAGUCAUGCAGGCACUGGCGACGCUGGAGGAAUGGGAUCGAGUUUCUGUUUACUUGAACUGAGACAUACAGUACUACUUCGCCUCAUUCCUCACCGUAUAACUUACAUUUAUGGGUGCCAAUGUGGCCUAACUAGGUUUUACUUCAAUUCAGUGCUGAAACUGAUCUAUUAAACUUGAAACACGCGCACACACACACACACACACACACACUUACUUAAGUCUUAUCUAAGCUUUGUGAAACUCUUGCUGGUGUGUCAGUCGAGUUUCUCAGUAUGAGGAGUAGGCGAGGAGCUCUGUGCUCUGAAUGUAUGAAUGUGCAAUGUCAACAUUAACAUGACUGGGGGCCAUAAUUUGAAUGAUGAGCAAAAUGCAAAGUCUUAAGGCUAACAAAAGCUCAUUUACUAACUAGACAACAUCUAUUGGUUACUUUACCAUCAUGGGCGAAACAUUGAAGCUGUAACCUUGAUCAGCUCAAUACUCCCAAAUGCCACACAAGAGACUUUGCACUUUGCCCGCCAAAUCAAUGAAGGUGCUAUGUCUUCUAGCCCCCUCACACUAAGCACUACGUACUGCAUGCAAAAAUACCCAAAUGAUUAGGUACUGGACCUCAUGAAGUUCUAAUAAUGCGUAUUGUGAUGAAACAUUAAAUGAAUACAAAACCGA